AUGAGAUACCGUUUACUCUCUUCUACUUUCCCCGCAACUCACAUUUCUUCGAUCUCCGAAUCUGGACGUUACAGAACCACCUUUAAAAACCCCUUAAAUUCACCCGCAACUGAAUCUCAAACUAAACAGAGAGAACGAAAUUCCUCUGAAUCGAGUUCUCUCUCAAACCGAAACCGAAAACGGCGUCGCUUUUCAAAUUCUCGUCAACCCGCUCUCCACCACAUCAACGCGCUCAUCACAGAUAAAGCCGUGCGGUUUUGA